GUCAAUUUUGAUGUAAUAAGAACUGCAGACUUCCCUGAUGAAAUCGUUCAUAAAGUGGGCGAUAUGAUCAAUUUCAAAUCAGAUUCAAUCCGACAUGACGUCAUGUACGCCUUUGUUACGGAGUGUCUGGUGGAGGACAGUGAUCUAGAGUUUUUCCUGACCACGGCGUCACGUGACGUGGUCUCAGAAUACUGCAGGUCGUGGGAGUAUGAAAGGAGUGAAGGAGAGAGAUGUCUGUUUGUACCGAGCAUGCCCGAGAAGAUGUACGACCUCUUUAUAGACAAACUACAGCUGGACAUCAUCACACACUGUACCGUGUCUGACCAAAAUAUUCAUGAUAGGAUCAAUAAACACUUUGGUGUCCCUAGAGAAGUAUUGCAAUGGGACUGGAAGGCCAGAGAGCGAUACGUGAAAUACACAAAGCGAGGAACAGAGACAGUACACCAUGCCCGGGGGAUGAUCGUAGGAUGUGCUAGGGCGGGGAAAACCACACUUCUUAAACGUUUACUAAAUCCAGAAAGCAAGGAGAUACCGAACAUGCCAUCAACACAAGGCCUAGAAGUACACGAGGAAAUAUUCGAAAUUUGUGAUGGAAAAUUGAAAGGUUAA